AUGGCCACAGAAGUCAAGCGAGUACCCAUUCCCCGUCGGGGUGUUGAUUAUCGCGGCAAGGUUGUCCUUGCGCCCAUGGUUCGCUCGGGAGAGCUUCCUUCAAGACUCUUAGCUCUCAAGUAUGGCGCAGAUCUUGUUUGGGGCCCAGAGACUGUGGACCAUUCCAUGAUUGGAACGUCAAGACGGUUCGAUAAGGAAUCUAAGACGAUAGAGUGGUUCCGUCUUUCUUCUCAUGGCCAGAAAGAUCCUCCUGCCGACGCCAAGGAGAGUAUCAUUUACAGAUUGCUACCUGAGAUCGAAAAGGAUAAGCUUAUCUUUCAAAUCGGAACUUCAGACCCUGAACGUGCAGUUGCAGCGGCUAAGCUGGUGGCCGCCGAUGUUGCUGGCAUCGAUGUUAAUGCUGGUUGCCCAAAGCCCUUCAGCACUAGCGGAGGCAUGGGAGCUGCUCUUCUCCAGACCCCCGACAAGCUCUGCGCUAUUCUCGAGGCUCUUGUGAAGAACAUCACCCCUGAAUUUGAGAUUGGAAUCAGCGUCAAAAUCAGACUUCUAGACACGGCUGCCCAGACCGAGGCGCUCGUACGUCGCCUAUGUGCUACUGGCAUCACAGGGCUGACAAUACAUUGCCGAACAACGCCCAUGCGACCUCGAGAACGGGCCAUUCGGGGCCAGCUUCGCAUGAUUGCUGAAGUCUGUCACGAAUUUGGCGUUGCCUGUUUGGUGAACGGAGAUGUUGAGAAUCGAGACCAGGGUCUACAACUCGCGGAAGAGUUCGGAGCCGACGGCGCAAUGAUUGCAGUUGCUGCGGAGAAGAACCCAAGCUGCUUCAGAAGCCAGGCCAAUGGUGGACUGGCGCCUUGGGAAGAAGUGGUUGAUCACUACGUCAAGACUGCUAUCGAUGUCGACAACCGGUUUGGAAACACAAAGUUCCUCCUCUCAAACAUGAUCCCUGGAAGGUCAAAGUCCUAUCAGCCAGUGAACCAGUCCAAGAACUACAACAGCGUUUGCGAAGCGCUCUCACUUGAUAAAUACACUGAAGCCGCUCGCAUUGUUGAUAGCAGGCGUGGUUUGGACCAGCCUCUUCAGGGAAAGGCCGCAAAGAAGGCGAACAUUGCCUCUGCCGCCCAGCCAGCCAAGUCAAAUCAGCAAAGCGAACAAAAGCGCAAGCGAAGUGCGUCUGACAGCAGACUUGUGAAACAGGUCAAGACAUCCGAACCUGCACCAGUUGCUGCAGCUGUUUGA